UGCAGCUAGUCUAUAUGUCGGUAGUGGCACAGGCACUAAUCCACCACAUUUAGUAUGGAAAUAUAACAGACGCAAUCCUGAAUUUAAUAAACGCGAUGCUAAUGCACAAAAUGAUAUCGUCCCUGGCAAGAAGCGUGAUGAAGAAAUACAAAAUGGAUCAUGGAGUGGUGCCGCCGCUGGAUGGAAGCGCGAUGCUAAUGCACAAAAUGAUAUCGUCCCCGGCAAGAAGCGUGAUGAACACAUACAAAAUGGAUCCUGGGGUGGUGCCGCCGCUGGCUUGAAGCGCGAUGCUAAUGCACAAAAUGAUAUCGUCCCCGGCAAGAAGCGCGAUGAAGAGAUACAAAAUGGAUCCUGGAGUGGUGCCGCCGCUGGCUGGAAGCGCGAUGCUAAUGUACAAGAUGAUAUCGUUCCCGGCAAGAAGCGUGAUGAAGAAAUACAAAAUGGAUCCUGGAGUGGUGCCGCUGCUGGCUGGAAGCGUGGUGCUAACACUCAAUAA